AUGGCUACCGAUCCCUCCGUUCGUCGAAUUCUACCACAGGAUGCGCAAAACGCACAAGCAGCACAAAUGAGUUCAUUUCAAUUUUCACCGCAGCAGUUCCCCCAGAGGGAAACACAGAAGAAUUAUGUUUUCGUCGACGAACACAAUCGUCACAAGAGACUGAAAGUAAUGAGAGCCUGCGAGGGCUGUCGAAAGAGAAAGAUCAAAUGCGAUGCCGCGACAACCAACACAUGGCCAUGCUCGGCCUGCAUCCGGCUCAAGCUUCACUGCGUCCGGCCCAACGGCUAUGAAGGAUCGGACACGGGCACUUCAUACGAUGCAAUCUUAGAUCCCUCGAGCCAAUUUCAGCAGAUUGGCAUGCCUGGCCAGCCUAGCCAAGACUCGUCCAAGUCAAUGACAGAGCUAUAUCAAGGCUCGUUCGACCGGGAUCAGGCUGCCUUCCACCAGGUUUCCUUCGAUGCGACUCCGGGCCAACAAAAUUUACACUACACGACAGUGCCACCAUCCGGAGUCUUGGACCCCGCAUACACCGGGCCAAAUGCCUUCCCGACGCCGCCGAUGCAUCAAGCCCAAAGACAAGAAUCGUCCCCAGAAGCACAAUCUGUUGAUUCAUACCAGCAGCAGGAUCUAGCUGACCUCCUAGGUGGAUUGAAAGUAAACGAACUUGGAACCGCGCCAUAUCUACGGAACAAAGCUUCAUUCCGUCGGGAAGAGCAACCUGCGGUGGAGGAUGACGAUGACUACGGCUCCAUAUUACCCAAUGUCACCGCAAUACCCGGUCACAAGAUUCGCAUUCCUCCGGCGCUGAUGCCGGAUGAGUCCACCGCUCUGCACCACUUCGACCUAUACUUUCGCCAUGUCCAUCCGUACGUCCCUGUUUUGGAUAAAGUCGCCUUCUAUCAGCAAUGGAAUACGAGCCGCGAAUCCAUAUCCCCCCUCAUCCUAGAAAUUCUCUUUGCAAUCGGUGGCCGCCUGGCCGAGGAACCUGCCAUGGGACAACAAUGGCUGGCACUUGCGUCGAGACAUGCCGACUCUUUCAUGGAUGUACCGAGACUUAGCACCCUGCAGGCGUUACUAAUGAUGCUCAAGGCUCGCGAAGCCGCUCCGAAGAGGGGAUACUUUUAUCGAUCUUGGAUGCUUGUUGUGCAAUGCGUUCAAAUGGGUAAGGAUUUGGGCCUUGAUGAACACUAUGAGGAUCAUCAAGCCGGAAUUCCUUGCGAGUUCACAGUUGCAGAGUGCCGCCUUCGAACAAGAAUUUGGCAGACCAUUUUCGUUUGCGAAACUAUGGUUGGCACCCCUCAAGGACGACAUGAUCUUACCGUGAACUAUGAGUCGGUAGACUUCGACGCCCCUCGCCCUAUACCAGGCGGAGACGAUGGCGAGUAUCAUGUCUCACGCAACUUUACUUACCUGGCACGCAUCGUGCGAAACAUCAGGAAAAUGAGCCUCAUCUAUGCCCGAUUAAGGAGAACAAAGGACUGGGGCGUUAAUCCGGAGUUCCAGCAACUUGAGCAAGCGAUUUCAGCAUAUUUGUCUGAAUUGCCUGCCGAUAUGGUCAUCAGCUACCCCCCUGACAGCUCACCGCCAUAUUUACCGUCGUCGUUUUUAGGAAAUCUGCAUGCCUACUACUAUCUGUUGCAAAUUCUGUACCAUCGUCCAGUCUUGUCAUUUCUGGACCCGACCGUCAACGAGGCACAAUGGAAACACCAUAUGAUGAUUUGCUACAAUUCCGCCAAAGCCCUUUGCCGCUUGCAAGAGGCAACACUAAAGCAGUUCGGCCUCGUCGACAUCCAAAGCAUGCAACGCGGAUUCAGCUUCACAUUGUAUGCUGGUCUGUCCUGCAUAGUCAUUCACCUCGUUGCCAUCGUGUCCCCCGACCCCGAUCUCAACACAGAUGCGCGUGAGUAUUUCCAGCGUCACAUGAGGCUGAUGGAAACGGUGAUGGAAGCUUGGCCGAUGCCGGACCUGCAGAAGCAAGUCGAUGCUAUUCGUGAAGCAUUCUCAGCAGACAUCAGGCGGCCGUUUGUCCUCAAACCUUCGUUCCCAUACGGCAGCCCUCAUCCCUCCAACCAGUCAAGCCCGCCACGAGCAAACAUGGCCUACCAAGCUUCGGCGCACCGUACAGGUUCCAUGGAUCAGCAACUGGAUCCCUCCAGCCAACAUGUCAGUUAUAUAAGCCAUCCCAUUACACCUCCAAUUUCUGUGGGCCCAAUGGACAGCAGAAGUGACUCUCCAGCCGUACAGUCGCUCGUUAUGAUGCCGCAAGAUGGUCCGGCCGCGGAUAUGCAUCACACUAUGGGGCUUACCAGUAACCCACCGACUUGGAACCCGGCACGUAUUUUUGAACAUUGGAAUACCUCAUUUGGUACGCCGUCACAAGCUGGUUCCCUCCUUGGUUCCGCCACUCGGGCAACAUCGCUGAACGUUUCUACUCCAGGUGCUCCCGAUCCAAAUGCUCUUGCGGAUCAAGCGUCCAACCACUCCUUGUCUCCAGGCGCCCAGCAAAUGGCCCAGCAGCAAUAUCCCACGACAACAUCUAUGCCCAAUUUUAUCACUCCAGCCAUGUGGCAGGAGUCUGUUGCAAGUGUGUAUGAGGGAGGUCUUAAGAGAGCCUGGGACUAUGACGGUGGAAUGGCGAAUAUGAAACGACGCUGA